AUGACUUCGUCGUCUAUCAUCAACGUCCUCGUCCUUGGCGCAGGCGGAAACGUGGGCAGGUCCACUAUCAAGGCUCUGCUAGAGGAGAACUUCACAGUCACGGGAUUGACCCGGGAUACUUCCAAGGCUGUCUUGCCGGCAGGAGUGAAACAUGUCAAGUCCGAUUACUCCGAAGCAUCUUUGAUCGAGAUCUUCAAGGGCCAGGACGCCAUUGUCAGCACCGUUUCCAGCAUCGUUCCUGGAGAUGCUCUGGCCAUCCAAAAGAAGAUUGCCAAAGCGGCUAUUGAAUCAGGCGUCAAGGUGUUCGUUCCAUCGGAAUACGGCGUCGACACCUCGAACCCUGAUGCUGCUACCUACAUCCCAUUUCUGAAAGACAAGCUCGAUACCGUCGAUUACCUCAAGACGCAGCAGGAUAAGAUAUCCUGGACAGCAAUCGUCUCUGGGUCGAUGUUUGACUGGGGCUUGAACAUUCCUGGAUUUGCAGGACUCAAUGUCCCCUCUCGUACCGCUACGAUCUUUGAUGGGGGCGAUAUCCCAUACGAGGCCACAAACUUGGAUCAAGUUGGCAGGGCCAUUGCCAAGAGCUUGAAGAACCCAGAGGCUACGAGUAAUGAGUACGUGUACGUCAAUAGCUUCACCGUCACACAAAAUCAGGUGGUGGCGGCCCUCGAGAGAGCUACGGGGGAAAAGUUUGACAUAUCGCAUGGAACCGUUGAGGGAUUGUGGCAGGACGGCGCCACGCAGGUUAAGGAUGGGCAGUUGCUUGGUACUCUGGCGAUGCUUGCCGGGGCUAUCUAUGGUAAAGGUAGUCUGGCGAACUUUUCUGUCACAAAGGGGCUGUGGAACGAGAAACUGAGCUUACCCCAGGAGGACUUAGAUGCCUUUAUCCAAGCCUACGUGGCUGGAAAGAAGUAG